UCUGGUUUGUUGAUCAGAUGAUAUUAUGAAAGAGGAGAAACGAGACCUCCAGAUAUCAUCUUGUUUGUGACUGUUUAUUUGACAGAUGGCUAUUUUGGACACUUUGAGAUGAGGUGUCGGUUCAGCUCUGAGGAUCCCCGUGAUAUUGAGUUUCUGCUGCAGGUCUACGGCAACAAGAAGUUACUGGGAAAAUACAACAGCACAACAGAGAAAUGUACAGUCUACACACAAUGGAUGAAGAACUUCACUGAAACGGCCUGCAAAGGCACUGCUUUUCUGGCCGCGAGGAGAGAAGAAAUGAAGAAAUACUGUAGCAGCAACGUUCCUGUGGUGUAUGAGUACUUACUAGAUAAGGCAGUUGAGCCCUACAUCAGGCUGAGGUCAGUGGAGCCGUUCAGUACCAGACACCUGGCCAUGCUCGUGUGCAGCGCCUACGACUUCUACCCCAAACCCAUCAGAGUGACGUGGCUGAGGGACGGACAGGAAGUGACCUCAAAUGUGACUUCCACAGAGGAGCUGGUCAAUGGGGAUUGGACCUACCAGAUCCACUCGCACCUGGAGUACACACCCACACCUGGAGAGAGAAUCACCUGUAUGGUGGAGCACUUCAGCCUCACUGAGCCCAAACUGUAUGACUGGGACCCCUCCAUGCCUGGUCCUGAGAGGAAUAAGAUGGUGAUCGGGGCCUGUGGGCUGCUGCUGGGGGUGGUCUUUAUAGCAGCUGGACUGAUCUACUACAGGAAGAAAUCUACUGAAGGACGAGUGUUGGUGCCGACCAUGGCGCUGCCAGAAAGUUAUGGCACCAUCUAG